AAACAAUAACAACGCACAACUUCAUAGUCUGCAAACUUUUGCCAAGUUGGUGUUGCUUAUUAAAAUGUCAUCAGUUAUAGCAAAUCUAUUUGUCUGCAUCGUAGGAUUUGUUAAUGUUUUAAAUGCCUCCACUGUGUAUAAAGUUGUUCCAACACGAAAUGAAGCUGGAAGAUACAAUGGCAUCGGUGGGCUGAGCGGAGGUGGGAAAGACGUUUAUGUAGUUAAAACAGAUAAUCUCGAGAGAAGAUUUUUAGGCAUUGGCGGCCUUAGUGCUGGAGCAACAUCAAAACUUUUGAUGAAUUACCCAGAGGAACAAAGAAAUCAAAUUCUCGAUUAUCUCUUCAAGCCAGGGUUUGGAGCCUCCCUUCAGAUGUUAAAGGUGGAGAUAGGAGGAGAUGCACAAAGCACCGAUGGUACAGAAGCAUCUCACAUGCACUACCCCUGGGACGAGAAUUAUCAGAGAGGCUAUGAGUGGUGGCUCAUGGUAGAGGCAAAGAAGAGAAAUAGUGACAUCUUGCUUUAUUGUCUUCCCUGGGCAUUCCCAGCCUGGAUUGGGGCCAGAAAGAGGGACCCCUCCAAUGACCCUGAACUGACGGCCUCCUACGUUGUUAAGUUUAUCCAGGGGGCCAGAAAAUACUAUAAUCUCACCAUGGACUAUGUAGGGAUAUGGAAUGAGCGGCCAUACAGUUCAAAAUAUAUAAAGACGCUGAGACAAAUGUUGGAUGAGGCUGGUCUGGACCGGGCCCCAAAGAUUGUGGCAUCAGACGAUUUAGGCUGGGAACCAAUAGCAUCAGACAUCCUGGCAGACGAGGAACUCGCAAAGGCUGUUGACAUUAUUGGAGUGCACUACCCUGGAACUACAACCACUCAAAAGGCCAUUGACACAGGCAAGCCCCUGUGGUCCUCGGAAGACUACAGUUCCUUCAAUGAUAAUGUGGGGGCAGGCUGCUGGGCCAGGAUACUGAACCAGAACUAUGUGAACGGCUACAUGACAAGCACAAUAUCCUGGAACCUCAUAGCCAGCUAUUAUGAGGACCUUCCAUAUGCGCGGGAUGGACUUAUGACAGCAGACAGUCCUUGGAGUGGCUACUAUAGAGUGGAUGCACCCAUAUGGGUCACAGCCCAUACAACCCAGUUUGCGUGGCCAGGAUGGUACUACGCACCCCAGGGGUCGGGAUCGUCACUUCUCAAGGACGGAGGAAGCAUGGUGUCACUGGUCAGCUGGGACAGUACCCAGUUAACUAUCGUCAUAGAAACCAUGAGUCGCAACCAUUCCAUGUGUAUCCGUCCAUACCUGCCAGAGUAUGAAGUCAGGCCCCAAAACAUCUCCAUUCAGCUGCAAGGAUACUUUGCACAAUUGACGAGCAUGUUUGUUCACUACAGCAAACUUGGUUUUGAUGGCGAGGACUCCAUACUGUUCAAAGACAUGGGAACCAUACCAGUUGUAAAUGGAACAAUCCAUCUAAGUCUGGGUGUAGAUGAGAUGUACACAUUGAAUACCAUCGGGGGUGGCCGUAAGGGCAAUAGCAGCAAUAUUCCACCGCAAAAACCCUUCCCACUGCCGUACAUGGAUGACUUUGAAUCGUAUCAAGAGUUCAUGGAGCCAUUUAACCUUGCCCAGCAAGUUGGAGCCUUUGAAAUCAUAAAAACAACCAGUUCCCAUGGUAACGUUGUACGCCAGAUGGUUUUGGAAGCGCCGAUAUUUUGGUGUGAGAAAGAAACGAGCCCUUUUAACAUCAUCGGAAACACGAGCUGGUCUGACAUAUACGUAGAACUAGACGUCUACAUUGGUACAGUGAAUGCUACGUCAGGGGCCUAUGUAGCAGCCAGAGUCAACAAGGGUGGUUGUGAGUCGUUUUCUGCCGAGGGCGUUUUCUUCUUCAUCUUUCCUGGACAGGGAAUCAUUGUCACUGGAGACCUAGCCAGAACCAAGGAGUUAUACAAGCAGGAUAUGAACAUUUCCACCAACACCUGGUACAAGAUGGAGCUACUGGUUAAGGAUGGUCAAGUGAUUUGUUUACUGAAUAGUAAACUAGUGGUCAGAAUCGCUGCACCGGUCAGUCCCGCUCCGCAGAACGGCUUUGUUGCCUUGGGAACGGCAGACUUCGGUCUUGCAGACUUUGACAACCUCAAGAUUGCGGACAGUACGGAAGGAAGUCUAGUGGUGAAGGGGAGAUUUACUGCUGAUGAGGUCUCUUACGAUGAUAAGUUCAAAGAUGUAAAAGACAAGCUGAAAGAUACCCUGUACUUUAAGUCUCAGAGAUUUGAUACUGUAAAAUAAUUAUUGUCGUUGGGAAAAUAAUAUUUUUUAUUUCAUGGAUUGACCAAUUCACAAAUAAAAAAUAAGCACUUCAAAAAAUGACCAACGCAAAUUAUUUUAAAGUUAUUUAUGCGGCAAAAAAUUAUAACAUACAUUGUUAGCAUACUUACCAUAAUUAUUUUAAAGACAUUCCAAAUUUGUGCAAUUUUAUUAGCUGGACUUUUAUAUAUGAAAUAUAUAUAGUGGAGCUAUCCUACUCACCCCGGUGUCGGCGUUAGCGUUAGCGUGCAAAUGUUAAAGUUUGCGUACCACCCCAAAUAUUUCCUAUGUCCCUUGACAUAUUGCUUUCAUAUUUUGUAUACUUCUUUACCAGCAUGACCCCAACCUAUAAACAAGAGCAGACAACUGUAUCAAGCAUUUUGUAAGAAUUAUGGCCCUUUUUUCACUUAGAAUAUGCAUAUUAUUGAUAAAUCAAUUUUAAAGUUUGCGUACCACCUCAAAUAUUUCCUUGUCCUUUGAUAUAUUGCUUUCAUAUUUUGCAUACUUCUUUACCAACAUUACCAACAUGACCCCAAAUUUUACACAAGAGCAGACAACUGUAUCAAACUUUUGACAGAAUUAUGGCCCCUUUUAUACUUAGAUAAUUCAACAUUUGGUUAAGUUUUGUGUUUUGGUCCAUUUUACUCCUAAACUAUCAUAGCUAUUGCUUUUUAUACUUGGGAAACUCGCUAACUAUCGUAAGGGGACUGAACAGGGCAAGUUGCAUAACUCUGGUUGGCUUUUUUAACGGAAUUAUGGCCCUUUUUUGUCUUUGUAACUUAGAAUAUUUUGUUAAAUUUUGUGUUUAGAUCCACUUUACUUCUAAAGUAUCAAGGCUAUUGCUUUCAAACCUCAAAUACUUUCUUGCUAUCAUGAUGUUACUGUACCUGGCAAGUUGAAUUUGACCUUGACCUUGAAUGACCUUGACUCUCAAGGUCAAAUUAUUAAAUUUUGCUUAAAUUGCCAUAACUUCUUUAUUUAUGAUCACAUUUGAUUCACACUUUGACAAAACAACACACCUGACAUACCACAAUGGACUCCACCCAAACCAUCCCCCACGCCCCACCCCAGAAUCCCCCCCCCCCCCAAAAAAAAAAAAAAAAAAAAAAAAUGUUUUCUCUUUUUUGGAAGAUCAUCUAUUAAAUGACCACACACCCACAUUAUACCCCCCUCUCCAUUACGGCUUACGUUAUACUGUCAAGCACUGGAAUAGUCGAGCGCGCUGUCCUCUGUCAGCUCUUGUUUAUUUAUUGCAAUUUGUAUCAUAAAAUAUUUAUGUACAUUAAUUGCAAUUUAGAUGAAGAUGUUUAAAUUUUUAUAAUUUUUGAAAUUUAAAUUGUUCAUUAAAGUGCAAUUACUUUUUAGCUCACCUAAGCACAACAUGCUCAUGGUGAGCUUAUGUGAUCGCCUUUUGUCUGUCGUGGGGCGUCAACAUUUUGAGUUGUGACCACUCCAGAGGCCACAUUUAUUGUCCGAUCUUCAUGAAACUUGGUCAGAACAUUUGUCCCAUUGAUACCUCGACUGAGUUCGAAACUGGGUGAUGCUGGGUAAAAAACUAGGUCACUAGGUCAAAAAAACAAACUUUGUGAACACUGUAGAAGUCACAUUUGAUGCCUAAUCUUCAUGUAACUUUGUCAAAAUGUUUGUCUAAAUGAAUUGUUGGUUGAGUUCAGAAAUGGUUCCGGUCCGUUGAAAAACUAGGCCACCAGGGGAUGGGGCAGUAUUCCUUAUAUGGCUAUAGAGAAACCUUGUGAACAAUCUAGAAGCUACAAUUUUUGCCCAAGCAUCAUGAAACUUGGUCAAAACAUUGGUUUCGUUGAUAUCUCGGACGAGUUCGAAAAUGGUCCAGAUCGGUGAAAAACAUGGCCGCCAGGGGGUGAGGCAGUUUUCUCUAUAUGUAUAUAGUGAUAGUGUUAAAUCAAUAGGCAGAGGAGCAUGGCGCAUGACUUAAAAAAAGGCAUUUGGCACGGCAAUUCUCUAACAAAGGGCACAUUGGGUGUUUUCAACUUGUUGAAACUUUUAAUCACGGCUUAAAACACGUGUUUGUAUACGUCCCUGAAUGAACUAAAUAACAUGUGUUUCGUAAUGCCUUUAAUAAAUGCCACUUUUUAACUAUAAAUCUUGUCUGUAUUCAUUAAUUCAUGAUACAUUGAACAAAGAAAGUUUCAAACAGCCUGAAAUAUCCGCAUGUUCCUCGUGACAAUGAGAGUCAAACGAACAGCUGUACAUGUAUAUGCAGGUUUGCCACUCAUGGACCUGGUUGUCAUUAAAUACCAAAAAAAAAGCUAUACAUGUAAAUAAAAGUUCUUUAAAAUUUGCGAGGAUUCGACUUGUAAUAGACACUGUCACAGUAUUCAAAACUCGGCUAAUCUCUAAGUAGUAGCAAUCUUUACCGUUACGGCCCUUGUGUCUUACCAAUAUUCUGAUAUUAACAAAAGAUUUCGGAUCAUUUUAGUUUGAAUAACAAUACGUAACAUCAUUGAUUUAGGUAAAUUUUAUUUGUACCUCAUGUAAGUGAGCGAAAAAAAACAGUCAUAUGCGAGGACUGAAUAACAACUAUUGCUGGUUUCUUUCAGAUAAAUAGUCUGCGCCAGAAGUUUGGGUCGUCGUUGUUUGUCAUUUAGAAACCUGACUAUCAUUAUUCGUCGACACAAAACCCACGCCGUUUUCUUAAGAACAAACUCCUUUUUCUGAUUGGCUUCCAUUGAAAAUGCUGCUUAGCUAAUCAAAAUGACGCAUGCAUCACAAAAAUGCCUGGCGGAGUUAAAAUGUCGUAUUUGGAGUUUUACCAACUUGCGCAAUUAACUGUUUCGGGAUGAUUAUUGAUUUUUACAGCACUUUUUGGGUAAUAGGCCCCCUUUUAUUGCGUCAUACGCAGUCAUGCAUUAAUAUGCGCGUCUUGGGGACACCCAGACACGCGAUUGCAAAAGCAGAUAAGACUUGAUACAUAUGGAUCUAGAUAAAAGGGCACGUGGCGCUAAUUGUCUUUGAAAGGGGCAGUGUGGCGCUCCGAAAAAAGGGGCAUGGCGGGUCCCCACGCUGAUUAGGCCUGGAUAAAACACUAAGUGAAAACAUGUGAACACUCUUAGAAGUCACAUUUUUGAUCCAAUCUUCAAUGAAAUUUGGUCAGAACAUAUGUUUUUUGGAUGACGGUUGAGUUCGAAAAUGGUUUGGAUCGGUAAAAAAACAUGGCCGCCAGGGGGUGGGGGUCAUUUUCCUUAUAUUUAGAUAGUAAAAAAAGCUUGUGAACACUCUAGAAAUCACAUUGUUUGCCUAGUCGUCAUUAAUUUUUUUCUAAACAUCGAUUUUUAUAGAUAUCUCGGACAAGUUUGAAAUAGGUCAUGAUGGGUGGAAAAACAUGGCCGCCAGGGGGUGGGGCAGUUUUCUCUAUAUGUAUGUAGUGAAAACAUGUGAACAGUCUAGUUCUGAUAAGCUAUAAUGUUAAAGAAAGAUAACCUGUACAUACUUUCUAAUAGUUAACUCCCUUGUAUAAACCUGGUACUUCCUUCAAAAUGUGGUGUACAUAAAGACAGUAGUUUGCAUGCAAUUUAAGAAACCUAUUGUUUCUAUGUCAUAAAAUAACUGUACAUGUACUAUUGCACUGUAGAGCCUUAUCUUUGAUCUUUACUGAUAAGCAAAGUUAACCUACUGUGUUUUGGUGUAUUGAUUGAACAUCUUCUAAGAUCAAUUGAAUUGGGAAAAUCAAUAAUCUCAGCCGACUACUGUGCUAUCAAACUGUUUCCAUGGCAACCUUGACUCCAGUAAAAUGCAAUGGCUUACCUGUACAUAUUUAGUGCAGUAGAUAAUGACCAUCCAUAAAGGAGACAUAAUGCUGAUCAUUUUCAUGCAUCAUUUUCACUAUAGGGUGUCAUUAUUUUGCAUUUACAUGCGUAUAUACUUUGUUUGGGUACAUACUGUAAUUCAUUUCUUUCUGAGUAGUGUUUAGAUGAUGUUUAAUAUUUCAACUGCCAGUAACUAAUUAAUGACACAAGUCUGUCAUCUGAUAACCAAUAUAUGUCAUGUUUAUACUCAAAAUGAAGAAUUUUGUUAGAGGAAAAUGAAUAUGCUAUUUGUUGUUUUGUAUUAUUUUGACUUAUUUUUAUGUCCCCCACUAUAGUAGUGGGGGACAUAUUGUUUUUGCCCUGUCUGUUGGUCUGUUGGUUUGCGCCAACUUUAACAUUUGCAAUAACUUUUGCAAUAUUGAAGGUAGCAACUUGAUAUUUGGCAUGCAUAUGUAUCUAGUGGAGCUGCACAUUUUGAGUGGUGAAAGGUCAAGGUCAUCCUUCAAGGUCAAAUAUAUGGGUCAAAAUCGCUCAUUUAAUGUACACUUUCGCAAUAUUUUAAUAUUCAAGAUAGCAACUUGAUAUUUGGCAUGCAUGUGUAUCUCAUGGAGCUGCACAUUUUGAGUGGUGAAAGGUCAAGGUCAGAGGUCAAAUAUAUGUGGCCGAAAUCGCUCAUUUUAUGAGUACUUUUGCAAUAUUGAAGAUAGCAACUUGAUAUUUGGCAUGUAUCUCAUGGAGCUGCACAUUUUGAGUGGUGAAAGGUCAAGGUCAUCCUUCAAGGUCAAAUAUAUGGGUCAAAAUUGCUCAUGUAAUGUCACUUCUGCAAUAUUGAAGUUGGCAAUUUUAUAUUUGACAUGCAUGUGUAUCUCAUGGACCUGCACAUUUUGAGUGGUGAAGGGUCAAGGUCAAGGUCAUCCUUUAAGGUCAAACGUCAUAUACGGGGACAUAGUGUUUCACAAACACAUCUUGUUAUACAUAAAAUUUAGUUAAUUGUCAUGUUUCCAUUGUCUAAGCUAAGGAGUCAAAGAGGGAGGGGCUGAAAUGCCUUGUCUUAGAUCCUUAUCUGUCAAUCAAAAUCUCAACACUCCUCUAAGAUUAUGCAAAGCCAAUUAAAAUUGAGAUAAGCCCAGAAAAGAUGUAUUGAAGUAUAUUAUUGGAUGUUGACUACUGGCCAAUGUCCUUCAGCCUGAGGGUGUAUAAAACAUGCUGCACAGGGCUUAUUAGCAUCCCGAAAACUAAAUUUUUACUGCUUAAAGAAUCUGCAUCGCUGGUAAUUAAUUAAUAUUUUGGACAUUGAAGAUAGUUUCUAGAAAUGGACAUUUUGGGAAAUUUACCAACAUCUAAGAUAGUUUAUUAAAGAACAGAGAUGAAGAUGAUUCAAUUGUUUUACAAGAAUGAUGAUUCUCAACUUACGAAUGAACUUAGUAAUUUCUGGACCAGUUUCAAUCAGGAUCAGUUUUUAUGUGUACUUUAACUAUUGGGAACAAAGCUAUCUUACAUUAACCUGCGCAAAGAACAAGUCAUUUCUUUUUAUCUCAGGUGAGUGACUUUGGGCCUUUCAGGCCCUCUUGUUUUGAAUUUUCUUUUUGUUGUUCUUUUACAUUUUUUGAUGUAAUUCUUUCAGGUUGUUUCAUCAAAUGUUCUUUUACAGUGAUUAUUAUUAUUAUUUGAAUAUUUUAUCAAAUUUUUUAUUGACAAUACUUUCAAAUUGUUAUGGCAAGUCUAAUGAAACAUUUAGGAGAAAAUUUAAGUUAAGAUACACAAUUUAAACUAUAAGUGACACGUCAGAGGCUGACGCGUAUCCCCACGCCGCAUAGAUGUUAUAUUAAAAGGCAAGUUUGGGUGGGAAAGGCCUAUGUUGGUGGGGCCCCGGGGUGGAUAAUGUGGACAUGGAUGGUCGAGAUAGACCGUGUUGUCAUAAGAGAUGUUCAGUAUUAAUUUGAAGUAAAUUGGUGAAUAAAUAAAGAAGUCAUGUUAAAAAAAAAAUUGGGUACGAAAAAAUUAUGCCCCAAAACAAAUUGGGUACGAAAAAAAAUUAGUAAGAAAAAAAUUUGGGUACCCAAAAAAAUUUGAGCACAACAACAAAAUUUGGGUACGAAACAAAAAUUGGAUACAAAAAAAUUUGGGUAUGAAAAAAAAAUUGGGUACGAAAUAAUUUGGGUAUGAAAAAAAAUAUGGGAAGGAAAAAAAAAUGGGUACGAAAAAAAAGUUGGUACUAAAAAAAUGGGUACGAAAAAUCAAUUGGUUAAAAAAAAAUUGAGUACAAAAAAAAUUGGGUACGAAACAAAUUUGGGUACGAAAAAAAAUUGGGUAAAAAAAAAUAUGGUUACCAAAAAAAUGUGGGUAUGAAACAAAAUUGGGUACCAAAAAAAAAAUGUGGGUACGAAAAAAAUAUGGGUAUGAAAAAUAAAUGUGGGUAUGAAAAAAAUUGUGUAUAAAAAAAAUUAUUGGGUAUGAACAAAAAAAUUCGGGUAUGAAAAACAAUAUGUGCGACAGUGCACUAUUUGGAAUUUUGAUCUGACUUUUGGGUCAAAAUUUAUUAUCAUGUGCGUCGCUUGUUGUUAGUAAAAUGAGGGUUUUUUUUACCCAUUUAUUUACUCAUAACUUUUUACCCAGGGGUCAGAUGAAUAUUCCAAAUAGUGCACCGUCGCACAUAUGCUAUAUUAAACACAUGCACAUAUAUGCACAUAAAAAAAAAUAUAAUCAGUUAGCAUCAACUUGAUUGAUUUGAUAGUUCAGUAACUAUAUCCUAUAAACCUUUUACAUGCCUCUUAUUAAAUAUACAGAUUGAUUAUGAAUUUGUGUUUGUUUUGAGCUGAAACAUCAGUAGAAACUUAAUAUGUCUAUUUUUAAUAAGACAGGCCUAUGUUAUCUGUUUAUCAUGCUAUUUUAUUGAAAUCCACUUACAAAUUAAUCCAAGUUUAACAUUUCAUAGCUGUACUGUGAUGUUAUCAAAUUUAAUAAUGCUCAAUCAACAUUCCGAAUGACAUUUAUAUAAAAAAAGUAACAUAUAGUGUUCAUCAUGUUUAUUAAAAUUGUUCUAACUGAAAAAA